AUGAUUAUAACCUUAGCCUUAGUCACUUGCGCAACGCACAUGAACCCAUUGGCAUUGGUAUUACGUAUCGAAAGUUUUGUGUUAUGUGCCGUGCAAAAUAAAAUUAGUGCUUUUUUAUUAUAAGGUAUAAAUUUUCAUUGGAGUUCGCGUAAACUUAACAAGAUUUAGUAUGACAGUGCAGAAACCAGAGAAAUGCUGUUUCUUUAUAAAUUGGAAAGUAACAUGCUAUAUCUUCGCUUAUUUAUUACUGGCACUCCAGACCCGUACGGUUGAGUACUGUGUCACAACCGUACAGUACUACUUCGCUCGAGUUAUUCAAGUUGAUGUCUCCCCUGACAGUGAAUAUUUAGCAGAAGUGAUCUUAUUCAUCCUGUUCGCCGGUGCUUUUGUGAUCGCCGUCGCUGUAGCUGUUGUAGCAUAUACUAUUGUCUUGCUAGUCGGAUUGUACACGGAAAAUUGGAAAUUCUUAAGAAAUUAUUUGAUAUUCAGUGUAAUGAUGCUCGUGUUGUUUAUAAUCGUAUCCAUUAUGGCUGAACUUAUUAUGGAAAAAGAAAGGUCAGAAUCCGUUGGAAACAGUAUAGCUAUUGCGUUCAACGCAUACUUUUUGUAUGUCAUCAGAUCGUUUUGGUUAACACUUGAUCCUUAUCCGAAGACAAAUACAGAGAGUGUCUAAAAGAUAUGAAUCGAAACGCUCAAGAAAGAAUUUAAAAAAAUGUAAGAGAGUUUAAAAUACUCACAUCAAACGGACAAGAUUUGCAAGUGAAAAUGACGAAACGUCAUUAUUUAAUGUACUCUUAAAGUUAUGGAAGGAAUUUGCGUCCAUGCAGUAAAACACUAUUUUUAGAUAGUUUAACAACUGGAAUAGACAAUAGAAUUUAGUUAUCUAUAUUAGAGAAAGGAAUAAAAAGAGUACUUAGCGUCCCAAUAAUUAGGUCACCUUAGGGCAGGAAUAAAUUACUAUAAGUCAAGAAAAAAGGUACUCUGCUGGUGAAAUUUUGACCUCCGACACUAAAGAUUAUCAACAUCACAUGUCCUGCGCCAUCUCUUGCCAUUUGUAUGUUGUAACUAGCUGUCGCCCGCGAUUCCGUCCGCGUAGAAUUCAAAUAAACUUCAAAUAGACUAUG